UUGUGAUGGGCCACAAUCGGCUCCCGCCUCACCUAAAGAAGUUCAGACGAUUGGUGUACAUCAGUCCUGUCAUCACCAUCCUGUCUCUCAGUCUGCUGGUGUGGACCUACAGCUCCGACAUGACCUUCCAGUUCAUCACCCGGUACUACCAUGCCACCAGUGAUCCUCAGACCCCAGUGCAGUUCACACUGCCUCUACACCGUGGACCAGGACAAAUGGGUCCUGAGGAACAAAAGCUGUCUCUCAUGGCGGUCAGCGGGACGAAGACUGUGUUGGUGGCAGCUUAUCAGGAGCACCGCACAGGGCAAAAAGAGGUUCGUAUUAUUGCAGUGGUGCUGAGGAGCGAGACAGUUGCCUAUCGCUGCCUCCUCCGUUGCCAGGAGCAACUGCGCAUCUCUGAAGGUGUCAGCACCACCCACAGUGAUCACUUUGGCUUUGCAUACGGGACAGCAGACAUCAUGUGUCCUCUCCCCUUGGGCUGUGAGACUGCAUCUCAUGUCACUGUGAUCUCUGCUGCAUCUGACUCAAACGAUACACUUGACAAAGAGUUUUUGGAGGUGAAGAACCAGAAGGUGCAGAGUGACUCCUUUCCUUACAACUUUGUCGUCUGCCUCUCCACCAUGUUUGAUUUUACAAACGUGCUACAGCUGGUCCAGAGUUUGGAAAUGCUGCAGUUACUAGGGGUUAACAGAGUUGUCAUCUAUAAGACCAGCAACAGCCCUGAAACGCAGCGCAUACUGGACUACUACAUAUACAAAGGUUUUGUAGAGGUGAUUCCUUGGUCUCUGUCCAAAUUUGUGAAUGUAUCUCGAGGCUGGCUCCCCGAACACGGUCCAGGUGACCUCCACUACUUAGGCCAGAUUCCUGCUCUCAACGACUGUCUUUACAGAUACAUGUACCAAUCCAGAUACGUGGCCCUGCAAGAUAUGGAUGAGCUCAUACUGCCUCAAUCAGUCAACAGUUGGUCGGAGCUGGUGCCACUGCUGGAAAUGAAAUAUGGCGAGGACAAGUGUUACAUGUUUGAGAAUAACGUGUUCCCCAACACCGUUUCACUGCCUCCACCCACCUCUCAAACUCUGCCCCCGCCGAGUUGCUGUCCCGGCUGGGAGAAUGUGUCCGGGGUAAACAUCCUGGCUCACUUGUACCAAGAACCCAUCAUUACAGAGACACAUUACACCAACUUCAAGAUCAUUGUCAACCCCAGAGCUGUGUUCUCCACGAGCGUCCACGGACUGCUGAGCUCACUGAUAGACUGCUCCUGGGUUGACAGGAACAUAGCACGGAUGUACCACACCAGAGCUUCAAGACAAACUGAGCUGACAGCAGACGAGCUGAUUUAUGACGGCCAACUGCUGAGCUACAGCACCAAACUCAUACCAAACGUCAAUGCUGUGUUCAGAGAGAGUGGACUUCUACCAGAGGGGAGCAUACAGUAGCCUCUGUUUGUCUGUGUGUGUGUGUGUGUGUGUGUGU